GAGAGCGGUUAGCGGCAUGUUGCCCAAGAACAGGCUUAGGAAGCCCAGGUUGGCGCGGCUGAAGACCUUCGAGGGCCAGGCGCAUCCGUACAAGAAAAACAUCCUGCAGUUCUCUGGCCACAAGUCGAUUACCGAGAUGCCAGAAGUUAAGGCUGCGAUCUCGGCGCAGACUCCGGUGAAGGCGGAAUGAGCGUGGCUACCAUACCAUUAGACGGCGUUAGGUUUAUGGGUUGGGAUCCGAGGGUAGUGGGAAUGCAUGGAGACCUCGGAGAUUUUCAAAAUACGGGGAGCAUUUGUGGCUGUGUCGAAAUUCUCGUAGUCCUCUUCUACGGAGGUUGUAAAUGGAUGGCUCAGCUAUCAAAACUGCAGUCUUUCUGGCCUGGAUCAAGGCAGCAGACGCCACGCUCGGCGAACAUUUCCAGCUCUGGCCCAUCUUCCUUGGAUGAGCUGCGAAAAGGCACAAAGAUUCGGCAAAGUAUCGUAUCGAUUGUAGGAUAUAUGUACAGCUUGAACCAAAAACGCCAAACCUCGCUAAAUGAUAUCAUGCAUUUGCGUCAACCCGCUUUCACAACACGAAUGGCGAGGUAUUAGUUUAUAGCUUCGCCUUCUGCGAGCCCUUGCG